UUUAAAUAUAUACUUAAUAUGUAAAACCCACUUCAAUAGUUCCUUACUAUUGUAGCCUCAAGAGAAGAAGUUAUAUUUAUGAUUAGAAUUCUUACACAUCAAUCUAUUGAAGAUACAAGAAAUCUAAAACAAUAUCAAUUAGAAAUCAUUAAAGGAGAAAAAAGAAGAGAAGAACUAGAAAAUUAAGUGUAAUCUAUCUAUUAUAUACUAUCAUAGUUAUUAAACUAUUAAUGAAAAUAUACAUAGAAGAAUAUUCCUUCCUAAAGUCGUCCAAAAAUUCAACAAAAUAUAAACAUAUUAUGCUAAUAAAACUAAAGUAAAGAUCAUAUAAAUAUCAGAUCUACUUCCCUAAAUAAGGACAACUAAUUGGAUAAGAAAAUAUUAUUUAACCAAAUCUCAGAAAUGUCAUCAUCAACAUGUAACAUGAAGGCUUAGUUUCUAUACUUAAAUACUUAAGUAACGUUUAGAAAAUGAGAAUGAAAUAAGAACUUAAUCGGGCAUAGUAUAUGGAAAAGUAAUAUAUAAAAGGCUAUGCUUUAUUCUAGAGAAGAGAGAUGUAAUCGUAACGAGAAGUUCUUUUCCGAACCUCUACUUGUGGGAAAUUUUGGUAUGAAUUACAUCAACAAAUUACAUCAGAAAUAUUAUUUCUUAGCAUCUUAAAGAAAUUGGAAGAAUGUUUAUGAUAUUCUUAGUUUAGAUGAUAAUACUAAACAAUUAUAUUUAUAAGGAGCAGGUUAACAAUUAUUUUUAUUUAGGUUUUAAAAGUGUUAUUGCCAGUAUUAAUAAAUAAAAAAAGUCAAAUGAUGCCCCUUAAGUAUAUAUUCCUAUUGAAACAACCUAAGAAAUCAUUACAACUCGUUAUGAAAAGUUGCUCAAGGAACUUUAUGACAUGAAUUGUCAUGUUUCAAAAUCUAUUAUGAAAUAUAAUGAAUUUCAUCAACAUAGAAAAAAGAAUAAGGAAUCCUCAAAUAGAAUUAAAAUAACUACUACUAGACAUUCUUAAUAGGUUAAAAUACUUAAUUUAAGUGACUUUGGUAAAUUUUCUGCUCCUUCAUCCAGAUAUAGUAGAACAAGAUAACUCAAAACAUAGUUAUCAUGUCUAUAAUCUCCGUCUGAACCACAAAUUAAAUAAUAUGAGUUUCUUUUAAGUUUAAGAUAACCUGUUAAUUCUGGACGCCUGAUUAAUAAAUGCAUUAAUUAAAAUUCAUGAAAUACUUUAAGGAAGCUUCAUUCUCAUUCAAAUAAAAAUUUGGCUAUUCACCAGACGAAUAAGCUAUCAAACUCUUCGACUAAGCAUAUCAUUAUGAAAGCUCUAUUCUUCCUGUCAAUCUUCUUGAUCAAAUUGCUGAAUUGAGUUUUCAAAUGUAUUUAUAUAUAAUUUAUACUUUUUCAAGGGAUCAUUAUCCAAAAAUUAUCAAUUAAAUUGUUCUACAAUUAUCCACUGUUGGAAUCGCUACAAAUGUCAUUCUUAAAGUAUUAUAUUUCUAAUUUUAUUCCAAUAGACUCUUAUUAUUACAGAUUAUCUAUUAAAGUAUGGAUGUUCUGGUAUAAUCGAUGAUUUGAAAGUUA